GUCUGCGACAGACUGGCUGCACACAACAGAGUCCCGCCAGCGCUUUGCUGUUUCACCAGAGUCGAGAUCUUAAAGUGCUUUCCAGGGCUCCCUCACAUCUUCUGCAGGAUGCUGUUUUGGGGUUUCCUCCUCCUCAGUGUGGCAGCAGCUCACGGUAGUCACUUGAAUCUGGACUCUCUCUGGGAUCAAUGGAAGUCAAAACACAGGAAGCAAUACAGAGGUUUGGAAAGCGAGGGGCUCCGGCGCUCCAUUUGGGAGAAAAACCUACAGAUGAUCGAGGCCCACAACCAGGCAGCAGACUUGGGUCUGCACUCCUACCAUCUGGGCAUGAAUCACCUGGGAGAUAUGACGUCUGAGGAAGUUCUGGAGAAGCUGACGGGACUUGAGCCGCCACCGAGGCGAAGCAGCAACAACACGCUUGCCUUUGAAGGUCUGACCCGGAUCCCUAAAUCUCUGGACUAUCGCAAGAAAGGUCUGGUGACAGCGGUGAAAGAUCAGGGCUCCUGCGGAUCCUGCUGGGCCUUCAGCUCCGCUGGUGCCCUGGAGGGCCAGCUGGCCAAGACCACAGGCCAGCUGAGGAACCUGAGUCCUCAGAACCUGGUGGACUGUGUAACAGAGAACAGUGGCUGUGGUGGCGGUUACAUGACCAAGGCUUUCGCUUACGUGCGUGACAACCAGGGGAUUGACUCGGAGGAGGCGUACCCUUACGUGGGGCAGGAGCAGUCGUGUCUGUUCAGCACCUCAGGCGUAGCUGCGGACUGUAAGGGCUUCCGCGAGGUUCCGCUAGGGGAUGAGCACGCGUUGGCGGUGGCCCUUUACAAAGCGGGUCCAGUGUCAAUUGGUAUCGAUGCUUCACAGAGCAGCUUCCAGUUCUACCAGCGAGGUAUUUACUAUGACGCCAACUGCAACAAGGAGGACAUCAACCACGCCAUGCUAGCUGUGGGCUACGGGGUCACCUCCAAGGGCCGCAAGUUCUGGAUCAUCAAAAACAGCUGGAGUGAACAGUGGGGCGAGCAGGGCUACAUCCUGAUGGCCCGUAACCGCGGAAACCUGUGUGGCAUUGCCAACCUGGCCAGCUACCCCGUCAUGUGAUCAAAACACAAAGUUUUUGUGAAAUAAAGACUUUGAAAUCA